AUGAACACUACGCUGGCCGACGACACUACCGAGGAUAACGAGCCGGAUGCGGUUCGCAAGCGGGCCGUCGAAGAGACCGCUGCGCACUUCGACCGUACCCUUGCCCUUACUGAUAUUAAGACCGCUCGUGCUGUUCCCGGUGCCUCUCCUCGUGGUGGUCGUGUUCGUCGCUCCGGCGGUUCGGCUACGGCUCGCAGUAGUGACGCUGGUCUAAGCUAG